AAAUGCCUGCCCUCGGUCUUUGGCGACGGCUCUGCUGGAAGGAGGGGGAGACCAGGUUCCUCUUUAUUAAGAGACUUCUGCUCCUGUUGGUGCGCUGACAUCCAAUUCUCAGCUGAAGACCCCGAAGCCCUGGUUUUCUCUGCUGACGGUCAACCUCCUGGAGCCUUCUGUUUCAAAUAAUCUGUGAUCGCUGGACGAGCAGCCUUCCCAACAUGCACCGGAUAUCCCAACUGAUGUCAACACCAGUCACAAGGUCUUCCGGGUCAGAGAGAGAACACACCAGAGCGCUGUCUCCCACCUGCCUUUUCCCAAGCUUGGCCUGUGGUGCCCUGGAUGGGGACAGUUCUUUUGAAUGCUGCUCUGUAGAUCCCCUCACAGGCUCCCACCUGACCUGUCGUCGAAGUCCCAGACUCCUCACCAAUGGCUACUACAUUUGGACUGAAGACAGCUUCUUCUGUGACGACGAAGGCCACCUGACUCUGCGUCCUUCCCAGACCAGUGUUAUGUACAAGGAGAACUUAAUUCGAAUAUUCAGGAAAAAAAAGAGGAGCCGCCACUCCCUCUCUUCUCUCUUCCAUGCCAGCACCUCCAAGUCCUGGCUUCACGGAAGGAUCUUUGGUGAUGCGGAGUCUUCCUCAAGUGAGGACAUUUGGUUGGAGCAGCUGGGAAGACCGGAUGAUUACCAUUGCAAUGAAAGUGCAGGUGAAGCCAGCUCAUCUUCUCUGACUGGUGACUGGGUGUCCGAGGAGCUGGGGACAGAGUCCAAGGCCACCCUCUCUCCCAGAUGCUCAGCAUCUCCGUCCCUCCAGGAAGUCCCCCAGGACUCAGCUCUCCAGUCCCAGCUAAUGACGGCCGCUGAGCAUUUCCCUAAGAACAGCCUGGAUCAUUCAAAAACCCAUUUUCUGCAAGAAGCCUCCUUCCAAGCCAUCCUGUUGGCUGCCUGUCUCAUCUUUUCUGCAUGUGCCAGAUGGUUUCUGGGAGGCAUAGUAGCCAGCGUCUUCAUGUGCUCAUCGCUGAUAACCACAGCUUAUGUUGUCAAGUCAUUGUUUCCCAGCGUCGCCAGCUAUUUCAAAGCCACCGCCUGUACUCGAUUGUGUGAGGCCGGGUUGUGUAGGGACACGCAUCCAAGAAAGAACUUUAAAUGAAGAAGCAACUCUGCAGCAAGAAGGCGCCCCAGCCCCGUCCAGCUCACGUCUGCGAGGAAGGCGGCGAGGUGACAGGGAGAGCAGCAGUGCCCAGAGGCUCUCCCUCUUACACCAAAGGCCACCCUCCCACGGAGGUAUCCUCAAUGUGUUGCUUGAUUGACAGGUUUGACCCCACCCCUAGCCGGGAUGUCUAGUUGACAUAAGAUCAUCUAACUACCACAGAGCACCCCUUGUCAACUGGACACCUUUACACAACUCUUUUAACCACGCACACUCUCAAAACAAAGGCAAUAGUUAAAUUAUAGUUGCCCCUAACAUGAUACAACUAACACAGAGAUCCUUAAGCAAAAACCUACCGCAUAGAAAAUAUCUGUCGGGCAAAAUAAAGGAUAAACAGCAGAGGGUUUUGGGACACGUGGACAGAGUGCAGCUGGACCACUGACUGAGGGACCACAGAAGAAGCUGACCUUUCUGCUGUAGGACUCUGGGAGACUCCACUCCCAGGGGAUCAGAGUCAGGGCUCACCCUACACUGGUUGGUAUGGUUGUAUCAACACAACAAAAGAAAACUCCAGGUCUCAAUUCUACCUUACAAAUAGGAUUAGACCAGAGC